AUGGUUUAUCCUCCCGAAGGUUUAUUCUACAUCGAAAUGGAUCAAGCGCCACCAGCUCUCCCUCCCAGGUCAACAAAGCCAGUGUGUUCCACCACAAACCACCUUUCACCACCUGCAUAUUCGCUGCAGGACGCUGAAUGGUACUGGGGUGAUGUAACGAGGGAUGUGGUGAACGAGAAGCUUCGUGACACACCAGACGGUUCCUUCCUGGUGCGUGAAGCAUCCACAAAGCUGCAAGGAGACUUUACUUUGACCUUAAGGAAAGAUGGGCACAAUAAGCUGAUCAGGAUUUACCACCGCGAUGGGAAGUAUGGUUUUUCAGACCCUCUCACCUUCAGUUCAGUAGUGGAGCUUAUUUGGUACUACCAACACCAUCCUUUAGUGGAAUAUAAUGCCACCUUAGACCUGAUGCUGACCCAUCCAGUGUCCCGCUUCCAGGAGGUGAAUGAAGACAGUGUCGAUGUCGCUGGAAGGAAGCUCAAGGAGGUCCACAGUCAGUAUCAACAGAAAUCUAAGGAGUUUGACCGUCUUUACGAAGCCUUCACAAAGACCUCACAGGAAAUUCAGAUGAAAAGAACAGCAAUUGAGGCCUUUAAUGAGACAAUGCUGAUAUUUGAGGAGCAGUGUCGUGAACAGGAGCGCUACGGCGAAGAAUUUGAGAUGAAUAAUCAGUCCGAAGAAGCCGACAAAGAUUUGGAGAGCUUCCUGAUCAAUUAUGAGAAGCUGAAGUGCCGCCUUGGAGAGAUCUACGACAGCAAAAUUCAUCUGGAGGAGGAUUUAAGAACGCAGGUAGAGGACUACAGAGAGACGGACAGGAAGAUUAACAGUUUACGACCUGAUCUAAUUCAGCUACAUAACAUCAGAGACCAGUAUCUAAACUGGCUAAAUCACAAAGGUGUGCGGCAGAAACGUAUUAAUGACUGGCUGGGAAUACAGAGCGAUAGUCUUGACGAUACAUAUGUACUGAAGGAGGAUGAGAAGAAUUUGCCACACCAGGAUGAGUCAAGCUGGUUUUUUGGAGAAAUGAGUCGGACGCAGGCUGAGGAGAUGCUUCAAGGUAAAGCUCCGGGGACUUUCCUGAUCCGUGGGAGCAGCAAACAGGGAUGCUACGCCUGCUCUGUGGUUGUCAACGAAGAAGUAAAGCAUUGCAUGAUCUACAGCACACCACAUGGAUAUGGCUUCGCCGAGCCCUACGACAUCCACUGCUCGCUGAAAGACCUUGUUCUGCAUUAUCGUCUGAAUUCCUUAGCACAACACAAUGAUGCCCUGGAUGUACGGCUGUCACAUCCAGUACACGCCAAAGCUCCAGUCACACCUUCUCAGCAUGCAGAGGAACACAAACUCUUACUGACUCCAAAACACACAGCGGGGCUCCCACCUGCUGCUCCGGAGAUGUAAUCCGACAGAGACUAAAGAAGUGUUUACUGUAUCCUGCGAGGACGACUGCAUUGAGGUGCAUUGUGUAAAAUUUUGCACUACAGUGAUUCCAUCCGUUUUUGGGACUGGGAGUUGAAAUACUGAAGUGGGACCGGAACUUGAAUGUCAUUUUUAUUGUUUUUUUGUUGUUGUUGUUUUGUUUUUUGUCUCCAGUGAUACUAUUUCAGUUUUCAAAUGAGUAUUUUUGUUUGUUCAUUUAUUGCCGUUUGUUUCAUGGAUACCUUCUUGGUAGGGAUGUUGAACACCAGAAACAUGCUCAGUGACAUCAGGUGCUACACCUUCUGACUAUUACAACUGGAGUUGUUGUUGAGAAAGGUGUCCAUUUUGUUGGAGAAAAUUCCGUUCAGCUAAGAAAACCUGGCCAACGUGUUGGCUAUAUAUUGAGUUAUUGGUGUGUUUUUGAGAAGAAAAAUGGUGCUGUAAACAGGCCGAUUCUAUCAUACAGGUUUGGUAGACCAAACCAGUUUUGGGUGUGAAUAUUUAAAAAGUUAUGGUGCGUUUUGUCAGUUAGCCCCUUUCUUAUCAGACAUUCGUAUACAGUGGAUAACUAUGUAGCAUUAACAUCGUGUAGAAUACCGCUCGAAAAGUAUAUUCAAUGUUAUACCUAUUGACCACGGCACCAACUAGUGAGCAAAAAUACAUCCCUGUUUAGCCCGGGAAUUGCAUUUGUGCUAAAGAAGGUAAUUGAUGUACACCUGCUGAUGUACUGAUCAAAACAUAAUCCGAAGUACUGUAUGUUAUAUUCUGUUACUCAAAGAACUAUAAGCUUUUUGUAUUCUAUAUAUAUUUUUUCUAUAAACAUGCCACAAGAUGAAAGCUUGAAGAAAGUGCAAUCCAGCAGUAUUUCUAAUGUUGCAAUGUAUGAUGGCGGUGGCGGCGGUGAUGAAGGUGAUGCUGUUAUGAGAGGUUGACAUUUGCCACAUAAAUGCACUCUCUUUGGUGGUGUCGGUAUGAUGUGGCCUCCUGUGUUUGUGUGAACUGCCAGAGGUCCGGAAGUAUCCUGCCUCCAUUACUUGAACUGUGGCAUUGCUCAAACUAUGAAUGUUUUUUCAUGACAUGCAGCCUAAUGACAUGCAGCCUACAUAGCUUAAGGGGAAAGGAAUCUAUGUUGAACUUGGCACAUUUUUCAAGUUUGUGGACAAUAGAUACUUUGUACAGAGAAACUGUAAAAUGUAUUUCAGAGGAUGAUUCAUGGAAGUAAGGUGCUUUAGCCUCUUCUAAAAACUCCACUGAGGGAUUCAGGAAACCCCCCAGUGAAGCUAAGCAAUGUGAGAUCCUGACCUUUUACUUGCUUAAAGACAAUAAACUGAUGAGGGUUUUGUCAACAUA